AUGUCGGAACCAGGACAAAACAAGGUUGAUGGUACAAAAUCGAUGCCUUGCAUUGAAUUGACAUCUCCUAUAUUGGAUGCGUCGUCUGAACAUUCGUUCGCGUCUUACAAAAGUUUCAACACGACAUACGAGCAGGAAAUCCAGAGAAAUAUUGAAAUACGUCCAAACGUAAAAGCUCUGAUCGACAAACACAAGUCGUUUCAAGAAAAUUUACUAAUUAAUGCUAAAGUUAAUGAUCUUAAAUACAGUGACCAGAAAUUAUUUUAUAGAGACUGUGAACAUUUAAGUACACCGGACAACGAUUGUAUACAAAUGAAAGGUGACACGAAACAGUUGGAAAACGUCCAAAAUGUGAAUAAUCAUGUGUUUGAAACUUAUACUGUCCAUCAAAUGGCCAUCAGUCCAAAACCAUUAGAUGUAGAAAAACAUGUAGUGUCAAACUCUGAAAAUACAGAUUUUAAAACUGGAAUGCCCAAACGUUUUUGGCAAAACAUUAUUUCCCUAGUCAACAUUAACAAUACUUACUAUCAAUGUUUGAAACAGAUAACAGACACACAGAAAUUUGAAAAUAUUGAGGACUUAAUGGUUCACAUUAAUUUGGCGUUAAAAAUGGCUGGAGAUGAAUUUGAACUUAUCGGAUCAGAACUAAUCGCCUCGUCCAAUCAGUAUUUGGAAAAGUUUGGCAUCAUAUUGGACAGCAAAUUAAAUGAGAAAUUAAAGAGAGUUCAUCCAUCGUCAAACAACGAUAGCACAAUGAAUGCUCUCAGAAUGGAGUUGGCUGAAAAUAAGAGGUGCAUGAAGAUCGCUGAAAAUAGUAUCGCACAACUACAGAAGGAGAAAAAAGACUUGUUGAACAUAUUAAUCAGCUACGAUUCUGAGAACAUUAACAAGGUAUCGUUGGAAAAACGUCUUGAAGCUCAGAAACAGACAAACGACGAAUUACGGGAUUUAAUUAGCAAAUAUUAUAUCCGUUGUCAAACAAUUUUAAAUUAUUGA